CUCCUCCUGCUAGUGUUAAAUGUUGACUGGUACGCCACUUGUCAAGCCAAUCAACUGCCAUUAUCGCCACCUUCAGCCAUCUUCACCGAUGUUUAACCGCUAAUUCUUCCGUUGUUCUUCAAUACCCACCUUUUCAAUUUCUCAUAUACAAUAACCCUUUUCAAAUCAACAUCAACAAUUCCUCAUCUCAUCCAUGGCUUGGUUUCGGAAUCUCAUCCAACUUUCGUCCUCCACUGCAAGACAAUCAUCACCAUCUUCAUCAUUCCUUAAGCUGGGACUCUCUGCUGCCUCUCCGUUUACUCCGUUUUCUCCCUUUACCACGCAUACGACUGAGCCUCCCACGAAAUACGCCGGAUUGCCGCCCACGAAGCCUGACGAGAAGCCCCGUAUAGUCGUUCUUGGAUCCGGAUGGGCUGGAUGCAGGCUCUUGAAAGAUAUUGAUACUAAUAUUUAUGAUGUUGUUUGUGUAUCGCCGAGAAAUCACAUGGUCUUCACUCCUCUAUUGGCUUCGACUUGUGUUGGUACUCUGGAGUUCCGGUCCGUCGCCGAGCCAAUUGGCCGGAUCCAGCCGGCUAUUUCUCGGGAGCCGAAUUCAUACUUCUUUCUCUCCAAUUGCACCGCCGUUGAUGCUGAUAAGCAUGUGGUUCACUGUCAAACCGUCACUGACGGGGUACAAACAUUGGAUCCAUGGAAUUUCGAAAUAGCAUACGACAAAUUAGUUAUUGCAGCUGGGUCGCAGGCAUUGACAUUUGGCAUUAAGGGUGUGGAGGAGCAUGCAAUUUUCCUACGCGAAGUUCACAAUGCUCAGGACAUCAGAAGAAAACUACUCCUCAAUUUAAUGCUGUCAGAUGUGCCUGGAGUUACUGAAGAAGAAAAGAUGAGGCUGCUACAUUGUGUUGUUGUUGGUGGUGGACCAACAGGAGUUGAAUUCAGUGGUGAACUUAGUGACUUCAUCAUGAGGGAUGUUCAUCAAAGAUAUGCUCAUGUCAAAGAUUAUAUUCACGUCACACUAAUUGAGGCUAAUGAGAUCUUAUCUUCAUUUGAUGACCGUCUCCGUCGGUAUGCAACAAAGCAACUUGUAAAGUCAGGAGUACGUCUUGUUCGAGGGAUUGUGAAGGAUGUUGAACCUAAGAAAAUAAUUCUUAGUGAUGGAACCGAUGUUCCUUAUGGCCUCCUGGUAUGGUCCACUGGCGUUGGUCCCUCAUCAUUUGUACAGAAAAUGGAUUUCCCCAAAUCACCAGGUGGAAGGAUUGGUGUGGACCAGUGGCUUCGCAUCCCCACAGCUCAGGAUGUCUUUGCAAUCGGUGACUGCUGUGGCUUCCUUGAGAGUACAAAAAACCCCGUUCUUCCUGCAUUAGCUCAGGUUGCAGAGCGACAGGGUAAAUACUUGGCAAAGAGAUUGAACAAGAUUGGUGAAAGCGGCAGAGGCCAUGCUAAUGCUGGAAAGGAAAUAGAAGACUUGGGAGAUCCAUUUGUUUAUAAGCAUUUAGGAAGCAUGGCCACUGUUGGUCGAUACAAGGCUCUUGUGGACCUCAGGCAGAGCAAAGCUGCAAAGGGAGUUUCUAUGGCAGGAUUUGUAAGCUGGUUCAUUUGGCGAUCUGCAUAUCUUACUCGGGUCAUUAGUUGGAGGAAUCGGUUCUAUGUAGCGAUUAACUGGUUCACGACCUUCAUUUUUGGCCGUGAUAUAAGCAGGAUAUGAAGAUGGGAUGUAAGCAAAAGGAAAAUAAUGGUAUUGCAAGUAGUUAUUAACUUAUUAUGCCCCCUCACUUAUUAUUAUUGUUUAAAAGUUUGUAUCAAUAUUAUUUUGAAAUGUUCCUUACUACUAUUCUUCUUCAUAUCUUCUUUAAAUUCCUAAUGUAAAUUACAACUUCAUAAUGUUUUAAAGAUUUCU